AUGGUAGAGAAUUGCAUUCUUGAAUGGGGUAUUGAAGAUCAUGUGUCUACUUUAACUGUGGAUGAUGCUAGUGCUAAUGAUGUGGCAAUCAAUUACUUGAAGGAUAGAUUGGUGGAUAGGAAUGUCUUAAUUAUGGAUGAUACUACAAUAAAAUUCAAGAAAGCUUUUCAAAUGUUGGAAGAUGAGGACCCCAACUUUGCUAUUGAUUCACAUGAAACUCCUUCGGUUGAUGAUUGGGAAAAAGCAAUUGUGUUUGCCAAAUUCUUGGAAACAUUUUACGAAGCUACUAAAAGGAUGUCAGGGACGAAAUAUGUGACUUCUAACAAUUAUUUUGAUGAGAUAGUUUCCAUUGUCUUUACUUUGAAUGAUUGGGAGAACGACCCUAAUCCUUGUCUUCAUAGCAUGUCUAAGAAAAUGAGAGAGAAGUUUGACAAAUAUUAUGGGAGUCUUGACAAAGCCAAUGUGAUGGUGCUGGUUGCAACAGUAUUAGAUCCUCGGUAUAAAAUGAUAUAUGUGAGUUGGUGCUAUAAAAAGAUUUAUGGCAAUGACUUGGCAAAAGUUGAAAUGAUGACUACAAACUUGAGAGAUGUAUUAGAACGAUUGUUUGGAGUUUAUGACCGACUUGUCUCACAUGUAGAACGAGGUCAAGCUUCCAUUUCCUUUCCACCAAUGGGAACUAAUCAAUCUUCAGUUGGUGUUGUUGCUUCUGAUGCUACUGUUAAGUAUCACCCCUUCAAGGAUGCAUUUUUGGAGGAGAUGGACGUAGGGGUAGUUGAUGAUAACAAAUCAGAGUUAGAGCAGUACCUUGAGGAGAAAUGUGAACCCAUGAAGUGUGAGUUGAGUGUCUUGGAUUGGUGGAAAGCAAAUAAAGGGAAGUAUAAGGUUCUCUCACAUAUGGCAAGAGAUGUCUUUGCAAUUUCGGUGUCUACAAUUGCUUCUGAGUUAGCUUUCAGUAUAUCGGGUCAUGUACUUGAUCAAUUUCAAAGUUCUUUAUCUCCGGGUGUUGUAUAA